AUGAGCUGGCCGGCGAAAAUUUUCUUCUUCAUGCAAAUGAGCUUCAUCCUGAUUUCAGUCGGGAACUUUGUGCUCGCAACGCUACCGCAGUAUCGCGACGACUCAGCUUUGAACACUCUGCCGAUUCCGAGUCCGGACUCUAAGCAGUUUCCCUUCUUUGUCGUGGAGAUUUUCUGCAUUCUAUAUUUUGUUCUCGAGCUUCUAAUUCGAUUUUGGGUAGCGCUCUCGCCUGCCGAGUUCUUUGCCGACAUUUUGUAA